AUGGACGAAGCCAUGAGAGACCGCAUAGUACUAGGAUUGAGAGACACUACUUUACAAAGCAAACUGCUGAACCGACCCAACAUCACCGUGAACGAAGCUAUGGCCAAAGCCACCGCAGCCGAAGCAGCAAAGAAAUCAGCGGCUACGAUGCAGCAAAUGAACACGACCAACCGAGAAACACAGAACAGUCCAAACCAAAGCCGGGAAAAGAAAGCGGAAGGUACCCAAAAACACGCUACCGCGACCACCCACCAUGAAGACAUCGCUUCCUCGUCCGACACUGAAGACGAAGACGAGGAAAUACAUAGGCUUCAGUCGGAACGAAACCGGCGAGAAAAGAGAGGAAGGAAGCCCGAGUUUCAGUGUGCCGGAUGCGGAGGAGACCACCGGUGUUCAGAACAUACCGAAGUCCUGCCAUUGACAAUCGUCGACCGAGAUCGCCCCAGCCUGUUUGGUUUAGAAUGGUUCUCACCCUUAGGAAUCGAGGUGACAGGAAUCAACAGCGUCUCCGAGACGGACUGGGAAGAAAGCCUGAUGAAGGAAUUCCAGGACGUAUUCAACGGGACGCUAGGCAAGUACCGUGGGACCCCUAUAUCAUUUAGUCUGAACCCGAACAUAGCCCCCAUCCGGUUAAAAGCCAGACGCGUCCCCUUUGCCUUAAAGCCAAAAAUUGAUGAGCAACUGAACAAACUCAUCGCACAAGGGGUACUAGAGCCAAUCGAACAUGCAAGAUGGGAAACCCCGAUUGUAACCCCCGUGAAACCAGAUGGGUCCGUGCGCAUCUGUGGUGACUAUAAGGCCACCCUAAACCACGCAUUACAGCAGAGCGCAUACCCCGUUCCAGUAGUUCAGCACCUUUUGCACUCGUUGGGGGGAGGAAAAACGGCAGAGGCACAAACUAUUGUAACGCACAGGGGGGCAUUCAAAUGCAACAGGCUGCAAUUUGGUGUCAGCGUGGCCCCAGGCGUUUUCCAAAGCCUAAUGGAGUGCCUCCUACAAGGACUAAAAGGGGUGGUCCCUUAUUUUGAUGAUGUAUUGGUAUCCGCCGGAAAUAAAAAGCAACUAAAAGACCGGCUAAGUGACCACAAGCCACUGUUAGGAAUUCUGGUGGGAAACAGAGCCACCCCCAACAUCCUAUCACCAAGGAUGACACGGUGGUCAGAAUUCCUUGCAGCCUACAACUAUAAACUCGUCCACCGAUCAGGAAAAGCAAUACCCUAUGCCGACGCACUGAGCCGCUCAACUCUACCAGACCGGGACGACGACCCAGCUCCUACCACGUCAACACUCCAAAUUGAAACAUUACCAAAUCUGCCUAUCACCGCAUCAGACAUCGCAAAGGAAACAGCAAAAGACGCAUUGAUGGCUCGGAUCCUGAACUGGGUAGGAAGGGGCUGGCUGGAAAACGAUAAGAACGAAAUUUUUAAACCCUUCAGAACCCGGCAAACUGAGCUGUCAGUUGAGAAAGGAUGUAUACUUUGGGGGGAUAGAGUUGUUCCAAAAAAACUACAGGAAGAAGUGCUGGGCAUGUUGCAUGAAGGAUACCCGGGUAUGGUAAAGAUGAAGUCCCUGGCCAGAAGCUACGUCUGGUGGCCAGGGAUGGACAGAGACAUUGAAACAUGGGUGACAACAUGCAAUAAAUGCCAGAAGUCCAGACCUACUCCCCCACUAGCACCGGUCCUCGACUGGGAGACACCAAGAGGCGCCUGGUCGAGGAUCCACAUAGAUUUCGCCGGACCCACAAAAGGAUAUACAUUUUUAAUCGUUGUCGAUGCCUACUCAAACUGGUUGGAGGUCAGCGUCAUGAAUUCCACGACAACUGAAGCCGUCACCAAACAACUAAGAAAACUUUUCGCCAUGCAUGGGUUGCCGGAUCUGCUAGUUUCAGACAAUGGCCCCCAGUUCACAGCCUUAGCUUUUGAACAAUUCCUCGCAGAACAGGGCAUACGACAUGCCCUGACAGUGCCAGUUCACCCGGCAUCAAACGGAAAGGCGGAACGCAUGGUUAGAUAUACGAAAGAGGCAUUGGAAAAAAUUGACACAGGUGACAUUCAAGACAAAAUCAAUACAAUGCUCACAAUCCAACAUAUAACGCCGAGCACAUCGAUGAACAAGAGUCCAGCUGAACUGUUAAUGGGCAGAAAAUUGCGGACAUAUUUGGAUAGGUUGCACCCCACCUACAACCCUGAAAAGCCACCAGACUCCUCCA